GACGCAACGGCUUCGAAACAUGUCAAUUACUUUCACGCUUUUGACGCGUGUCCUUGGUUUGUACGUAAUAAGACACGAAGUACCGGUCCUAAAAUUAACGGGACUAACGUAGAAAACGUCGGAAAGUUUAUCAAAUCGCUUGAUUUGUAUAAUGGGGAAACAGAUAUUUGUAUUGCGCGACGAACAACUUAUUGUAAAUAAGUUGAAGGAUUUAAUUGAAGAAAUUGCUGGUGAGAAACUAAAGAAAAAUGAUGUUUUCACAAUAGGACUUUCAGGUGGAAGCUUAAUUAAAUAUGCAUCGCAGGCAUUUUUAUCAAUCGUAACAGAAUGGACUAAAUGGCGUUUCUUUUUUUGUGAUGAAAGAUUAGUGCCUUUUGAUGACAAAGAAAGUACUUAUGGUUUGUAUAAAGAGGAAUUGUUAGGAAAAGUUCCAAUUACUGAAGAACAAUUUGUGACCAUAAAUCCUGUGUUAAAUGUUGAAGCUGCUGCUCAAGAUUAUACAAAAAAAAUGAAGGAAUAUUUUGAAGCAAAUAAAUUUCCUAGUUUUGAUUUGUUGCUUUUAGGAAUAGGACCGGAUGGUCAUACAUGUUCACUUUUUCCCGGUCAUCCAUUAUUAGAAGAAAAUAAAUUGUGGGUGGCCAGCAUAGCAGACUCUCCAAAAUUCCCACCUUGUCGCAUAACUUUGACAUUUCCUGUGAUAAACAAUGCUCACAAUGUAAUUUUUAUUGCAUUAGGUGGAAGUAAAGCAAAAAUUAUAAAGGAAAUAUUUAGAGAAGAUUCUUCUAAUCCUCUCCCAGCUGCUAGAAUUUCUCCAUCUCAUGGCCAGUUGUAUUGGUUGAUGGACAAUGCAGCUGCCAGUGAAAUCAAUAAGACAGAAUAAUAAUUAUUGGAAAUACUUUAAAAUCAAAGAAAUAAGUCAGUAUAUAAAAAGAUUCUAUAUCAUUGUUUUUAUUACUUGAAAAAUGUUAAGUUACGAUAUGCAGAACUGGUUUUUAUACAAUAAAUGAAUAUAAAUUUAUUUUUAAGAAGCUGUAAGUAAAAGUUUUGU